GAAGAGUUUUAUAUUCUUUUCUUCUAAAAUUCUCUCGGUCGUCUUUGGCGGAGAGCUUUAUGCUCAUCCUUGUUUAAGACCUUCAGGCCUUCUUGGGUUUCACUGUCAUUGGCAGCUCUAACUGUAUCUACCCUUCUUUCCGCUUAGAUCUCUCUCUCUCUCUCUUGGUGGAAGCAUGAGGUUGUUUUUGUUGCUAUUUCUAUCAAUCCCUGCUGCGAGCAGUGCGGAGAGUAGUAGCACGAGUGUGAGCAGGGUUGACUUCCCAAAGGGGUUUGUGUUUGGUUCAGGAACCUCAGCUUAUCAGGUCGAAGGAGCAGCAUCUGAAGAUGGGAGGACGCCUAGCAUAUGGGACACCUUCGCACAUAACGGGAAUGUUGGAGGUACUGGUGAUGUGGCUUCUGAUGGGUAUCACAAGUACAAGGAAGAUGUCAAACUCAUGAAAGAAACUGGACUCGAAGGCUACAGGUUCUCCAUCUCUUGGUCAAGAUUGAUUCCUCGUGGAAGAGGAGAAGUAAAUUCCAAGGGUUUGGAGUAUUACAACAAUUUCAUCAAUGAACUAAUUAGCCAUGGAAUUGAGCCACAUGUCACUCUAUUGCACUUUGACCUUCCUCAAGUUCUUGAAGAUGAAUAUGGGGGGUGGUUGAACCCCAGAAUUGUGGAUGACUUCACAGCAUAUGCCGAUGUGUGCUUUAGAGAAUUUGGUGACAGGGUUUCGCAUUGGACGACCAUAAAUGAGGCUAAUAUUUUUGCAUUAGGCGGUUAUGGUCAAGGCAUCUUGCCUCCUAAGCGAUGUUCUCCUCCAUUUGGCAAUUGUUCUAGUGGGAAUUCCAUAGUAGAGCCGUACGUUGUGGCCCAUCAUUUCUUGCUAGCACACAGUUCAGCAGCUUCACUGUACAAGAAAAAUUACCAGGCCAAGCAGCAAGGAUCCGUAGGCUUGAAUCUCCUAGUCUUCCAUAUGCUUCCAGCAACAAACUCAACAGCGGAUAUAAGUUCAACGAAGAGGGCCCAAAUUUUUUUUACUGGCUGGUUCAUGGAACCGCUCGUGCACGGGGAUUACCCCAAGAUUAUGAGGAAGGCUGCGGGAAAGAAAAUGCCGAAGUUUUCUUCGAAGCAAUCGAAACAGCUCAUGAAUUCAUUUGACUUCGUAGGUGUGAACUAUUAUGCAACUGUGAAUGUGGUGGACGGCCCCAAUCACGUGCCAGCUUAUCAAAGAGACUUUAUGGGUGAUAUAUGCGCUAAUAUUACAGGCCUUUGGAUGAGCGGAGGCAGGGAGUCGAUGGAAGCUGGAAUGAAUGCACCAUAUGGCUUAAAAGGAGUGCUGGAGUAUUUCAAGCAAAAUUAUGGCAACCCUCCUAUCUAUGUUCAAGAAAAUGGUUACCCAAUGCCAUCUAACGCAUCGCUAGAUGAUACACCAAGGGUGAAGCACAUGAGUGCACACUUGGAAAGCCUUCUUGAUGCAGUAAGGAACGGCUCCAAUACAACGGGCUUCUUCACUUGGUCCUUUGUAGAUGCAUUUGAGCUUUUUGGUGGGUACAGCUCUAGCUAUGGACUAUACCGCGUUGAUUUUGGAGAUAAAGAACGAAAGAGAUAUCCGAAACACUCUGCGCGCUGGUAUUCCCACUUCCUCAAGAGGAGGGGGAAUAGUAUUUACACUGACAAGAGCUCCUCAUACGUACCCCAAAUUUAUUAGAUGAUGCAGCAGCUUGAAUUGAAUUGCACUUGGUGCACUGUCUGUGAAACAUCUACUGUUAGCAAAUAAGACAUAAUAAUAAUGUACUGGAAAAAAGAAAAAAAGAACCGCAGUUGCUUUUGGCUAUGCACAGUCUAAUAUCAGGUAGUGAUCAAUCAGAAUAUGCAAAAUUGUUGAAAUAUUAUUAAGUUUAGGGGCUUAUGUGUAAGUUAUAGGGGCCUAUAUA